GGAUUUUUGUCAGACCAACAGUCAGACUAGAACUUCUUCGGUCCGGUAAGACCGACCACUCGUGAGCUCAAUGUUCGUUGCUAGUUAGCUGACUCCGAUCACCGCUCACCCUUUCUUGGGCUUGUGCACUUGUCACUUGCAAGCAGGUACUCGGGUGUAAUGAUGUAAAACGGCAUUAAAGGCUGACGGUAUAGGGUUUUCAGGAGCUUUCUGCUUAGCGAUUGGAGUGCCGGGGGGACAUUUUCCUAACUACGUUUUACGCUGUAUCGACGUAGGAAUCGCGUCGAGAAGACUGUCUCGGCUGUUUCUAAUUGCACCGUGGAAAUGGGGUCAAUUUGGUUAAGGCGACCGAUGUUAUUGAAUUUUGUUCUAAUAUGCGCAACUUUGAUAUUGUUGAGUAAUCCCUGCUGUGUUGGUGCCAAGUGGUAUCACAGACCCAAUAUUGUUUUGAUCCUUACGGAUGACUUGGACAUCGCUAUUGGUGGGAUGGCUGUUUGGAUGGUGUGUUUGGGCAAAACAUAACAUCCUGGAUCAAGACCUGCUGCUGUCUGUUGUCAUUCUACGACCCCACUAAACAAGACUAGGAAGCUGAUUGGUGAUGCAGGGAUGUCAUUUGCCAAUGCUUUUGUAGCCAGCCCCCUGUGCUGCCCCAGCCGAGCCAGCAUCCUAACAGGGAAGUAUCCCCAUAACCACCAUGUGAUCAACAACACGUUAGAGGGGAACUGCAGCAGCGUGGCCUGGCAGAAGACCCAGGAGCCCAAGACAUUCCCAGCUCUCCUCCAGGCCUAUGCUGGUUACCAGACCUUCUUUGCUGGAAAGUACCUCAACCAGUAUGGGAACCCAGAUGCUGGAGGGGUGGAGCAUGUUCCACUGGGCUGGGAUUACUGGGUCGGACUGGACAGGAACUCCAAAUACUACAACUACAGUCUGUCUGUAAAUGGGAAACUCCGGAGACAUGGAGGGAACUACAGCCAAGACUACUUGACAGAUGUCCUGGCCAACAUGUCUCUAGACUUCCUCCAGUAUAAGUCAAACUACCGUCCGUUUUUCAUGAUGGUGUCUACCCCGGCCCCUCAUGCCCCCUGGACCCCUGCCCCCCAGUACCAGGACCGCUUCAAGGACAUCAAGGCCCCCCGAGAUCCCAACUUCAACGUCCACGGAAAAGAUAAACACUGGUUGAUCCGACAGGCCAAGACUCCCAUGACCAACUCUUCAAUCCACUUCCUGGAUGAUACCUUCAGAAAACGGUGGCGUACCCUGUUGUCAGUAGAUGACCUGGUGGAGAAGAUUGUUAAUAGGCUAGAAGUCAGAGGGGAACUAGAAAACACUUAUGUCAUCUUCACCUCUGACAAUGGAUACCACACAGGUCAGUUUUCACUGCCCCUGGAUAAGAGACAGCUGUAUGAAUUUGACAUCAGAGUUCCUCUCCUGGUCCGAGGGCCCAACAUCAAGCCUAACCAGACCUGUGGGCUGGCAGUCCAGAAUGUGGACCUGGGUCCAACCAUACUAGAUAUUGCUGGAUAUAAUGUCAACAAGACCUCAAUGGAUGGCAUGUCCUUCCUGCCUGUACUGGACGGUUCAGUGAACAGUUCUAUGUGGAGGACAGACUUCCUGGUUGAAUAUGAGGGGGAGGGGUCUAAUGUGUCUGAUCCCGCCUGCCCCCUGCUGGGUCCUGGUGUGUCUGAGUGUUUCCCAGACUGUGUGUGUGAGGACUCCUUUAACAACACCUAUGCCUGUGUUCGCACCAUCGCCCCCUCUGCCAACCUCCAGUACUGCGAGUUUGAUGACAAUGAGGUGUUUGUGGAGGUGUACAACAUCACAGCUGACCGGUAUCAGCUCAGUAACCUCGCUAAGACCAUUGACCAGGAGGUCCUGGAGAAGAUGAAUCACCGGCUGAUGAUGCUUCAGUCCUGCUCUGGACAAGCCUGCCGAACCCCCGGGGUCUACGACACACGGUAUAGGUUUGAUCCCAGUCUGAUGUUCAGCAGCAACAGACUCCGGCAUCACCUGAAGUGAGGAGGAGGAAGAGGAGAGGAAGAGUUAUGUUGUGGACACUCCUGCACCUUAAAGCUUUCUGGACACACCACUCUGUUAAAAUGGCACCGUGUUUUCUGCUGUGGGGCGUGGUGACCAGGACGUGCGUACAUCCAUCCAUACGUGCGUGUGUGUAUGCGUGAAAAUGCUUGCGUACGUACAGAAGCAACAACUUUAUUUAAACUCAUGAGUUGAUUUGACGUGUCAACUAAUUACAUGACAAUAAUGAGUUACUGAAAGUCCGCUGUUUGUCAUCGUGAAUGAGUUGUUCUAUACUUACUAAUGUAUUGUUGUGGUCUCAUUUACAUAUUUGUAGAUUGUAAAAACACACUAACAUGUCCUAUACAUUGCAUACACUGCUGAAUUUUGACUGAACUUAGUUGUGUACAAAAUGUCGUCAUGGUAGCAGCAUUCUAGUUAACAGGGUGUGGUCGUAUUAGGUCAGGUCAGACUGGGUUUUUAAAGGAUUCCUUUCAGCCGAAUUAAUAAAUGAUCCAGACAUGAAGCCACUUGUCAAUCUAAACAGUGAAAUAUUUCCUUUAUCUUGAAGUCUCUUCUCCACUAAGGCUUGAGGAUGUGAUGAGGACCGGCCCAACCUGUGUGCUGUCAGGGUUAAGAGGCCGGGGGUGGAGCAUCAACUGUGUUUUGCUUCCAAAUUAGUUUUGUGUUGAUUACAAGUCCACUAGCUAACUACAGUAUUUUAAGAAAAGGGGUUCUGUCUAUCUUGAAUCUUCUGUUCAUACUCGGACCAUGCUGCCACUACCAAAACAUAUGGGCCCACAAAAAUAAUGAGUCCGUUUUCUGACAGGACUCUCUGAUCUUUGUCAGUUUUCUGAUGGGAUUCGCUGAUCUUUGUCACUCAGUGGACCUCCUGUUUCUCACCUCAUUGAUGCACUUUCUAAUUUCAGUUUUUCCACAUUUUUUUUAUAGUAGUUUUUGAGUUGACUUGUGUUCUUAUCUAAUAAAGAUAUUCUGAAAUCAAUGGCUGGUCCAUGGUGUCCCUCUAAUAAAGGUAUUCUGAAAUCAA